AUGGCAUCGUUGUUGACCUCUCUUCACUGCAGCUACCCUCUACUGAGACCGUCGGUACGACGCAUCACGCCUUCUCCGGUCUCCGCAACAACACCGCUGGUGCUCAGGCGGAUGAGGACGAGGACGAGGAGGCAGCUGCAGCGAUGCCUCUGUUCCCAGUACGCCGGCGAACGGCAGCCGCCGCCGCCGCCGGAGCCGGACUCGCCGCAGCAGCUGGAGCGCCUCUUCUCAAACCUCAACCAGGCCACCAUGAAGCAUGACCCUGGGAGCGUCACCAGUGCCAUCUUCCUCGUGGCCGGCACAACGGUUGGGGCAGGUAUCCUUGCAAUCCCUGCAGUCACACAAGAAGCUGGGUUCUUGGCCUCGGCAGUUAUAUGCAUUCUCUGCUGGUCAUACAUGGUUGUGACAGGGCUGUUAGUUGCUGAAGUAAACGUCAAUACGAUGUGCGAACUAGGAUCUGGAGGCGUCUCCCUGGUCUCAAUGGCUAUGCGCACUCUAGGGACAUUUGGAGUACGGGCAGCUUGCUUAUCCUAUUUAUUUAUACAUUAUGCACUUCUUGUCGCAUACGUGGCACGCUCUUCAGAUAUCAUAACAAACUCAUUGGGUAUUCCAUUAUGGGAGAGUGCUACCCUGUUUUCUCUGGCUUUCGGAGGGAUUUGUUACUUUGGAAGCCAGCGACUGAUUGGUGCUGUAAAUGGAUUUCUGGUAGCCGGCAUCCUAGCAUCCUUCACUUCUCUUGUUGUUGUGGCAAGUGGAAACCUACAGUGGAGUUCUCUUCUUGAAGCGAAUUUUGCUGCCGCUCCACAAAGUAUACCAAUAAUUGCUCUUUCAUUUGUAUACCAGAAUGUGGUUCCUGUUCUCUGUACAAAUUUGGAGGGAGACCUGUCAAAAGUACGAACAGCUAUCGUGGCGGGUACUGCCAUACCCCUGGCUCUGUUCCUAGUAUGGGAUGGAGUAAUCCUGGGGACACUUCCAGACCUUGCAGGGAGCAGCACUGUUUCUGAUCCCUUAGAACUACUUAGAUCAAGUAAUGGGAUAGUGGGGCCUAUUGUUGAGGCAUUCUCAUUUCUCGCUAUAGGCACAUCAUACAUUGGAUUUAUUCUAGGACUCUCAGACUUCCUAGCAGACUUGCUUAAACUACCAAGUGGCCAGAAUAAACCACUGCCAUACAUAUUAACUCUUCUUCCUCCCCUUGUUCUGUCACUGCUUGAUCCGGAGAUAUUUUUCAAGGCAUUGGACUUUGCAGGAACUUAUGGAGGCAAGGAUCCUUUUACUGUAUCUUAA